GUGGCGCAGCCUCAGUGAGGAGGGCCGCGCUGCACCCGUCGCCGGCCCCGGUCUCCAGGGGCCUCACCCGAGUGAUGCCCCGCUAUUGCGCAGCGAUUUGUUGUAAGAACCGCCGGGGACGAAACAAUAAAGACCGGAAGCUGAGUUUUUAUCCGUAAGUUGUUUCUGGAGCAGAAGCGUCAGCCUCGCCGUGAGGCCUUGGACCUGUGGCCUUUCGGCUUGGGUGUCUCCUGUUCGCUCUGCCUGAGUCCUCAGCUCUCCGUAUGUCGCCCGCGGCAAGAUGGAGGGAAGGCGCUAGUUCAGUUUACCUAGCUAUGCCCUUCUUGCGCGAGGACUACGGGCUGGUGGCGAGGCCCAGGAGCCUGUUUGGGUGUCAACAGUUAAAACAGUAAAGUUUGCGCGGGCUUCUGUGGUUUUCAGUCUUUUCUCCACCUUACGUGAUCUCAUUUCAUUGAACAACAUUAACCACCAUUUAAGAUACGUGAAACCUGCGAAGUGGAAAGAUGCAUGCGAAGUUAAUUUACACCCCCUGCGAAUUAGGUCGCAUAGGUAUAAUUUCAUCCCACUUUUCUCCUGAGGAAACUGAGGCCCGGAAUGACUAGAUUUCCUCUACAUGACAAAGAAAGACUGGAAAAGUGGUUAAAGAAUAUGAAGCGAGAUUCAUGGGUUCCCAGUAAAUACCAGUUUCUAUGUAGUGACCAUUUUACUCCUGACUCUCUUGACAUCAGAUGGGGUAUUCGAUAUUUAAAACAAACUGCAGUUCCAACAAUAUUUUCUUUGCCUGAAGACAAUCAGGGAAAAGACCCUUCUAAGAACAAAUCCCAGAAGAAAAACUUGGAAGAUGAGAAAGAAGUAUGCCCAAAAGCCAAGUCAGAAGAAUCAUUUGUAUUAAAUGAGACAAAGAAAAAUAUAGUUAACACAAAUGUGCCCCCUCAACAUCCAGAAUUACUUCAUUCAUCUUCCUUGGUAAAGCCACCAGCUCCCAAAACAGGAAGUAUACAAAAUAACAUGUUAACUCUUAAUCAAGUUAAACAACAUACUGGGAAACCAGAAUCUACCUUGGAAACAUCAGUUAACCAAGAUACAGGUAUAGGUGGUUUUCACACACGUUUUGAGAAUCUAAAUUCUACAACUAUUACUUUGACAACUUCAAAUUCAGAAAGUAUUCAUCAAUCUUUGGAAACCCAAGAAGCUCUUGAAGUAACUACCAGUCAUCAUGCUAAUCCAAACUUUACAAGUAAUACCAUGGAAAUAAAGUCAGCACAGGAAAAUCCAUUCUUAUUCAGCACAAUUAAUCAAACAGUUGAAGAAUUAAACACAAAUAAAGAAUCUGUGAUUGCCAUUUUUGUACCUGCCGAAAAUGCUAAAUCUUCAGUUAAUUCUUUUAUAUCUGCACAAAAAGAAACCACGGAAGUGGAAGACACAGACAUUGAAGACUCCUUGUAUAAAGAUGUAGACUAUGGGACAGAAGUUUUACAAAUCGAACAUUCUUACUGCAGACAAGACAUAAAUAAGGAACAUCUUUGGCAGAAAGUCUCUAAGCUACAUUCAAAGAUAACUCUUCUAGAGUUAAAAGAGCAACAAACUCUAGGUAGAUUGAAGUCUUUGGAAGCUCUUAUAAGGCAGCUAAAGCAGGAAAACUGGUUAUCUGAAGAAAAUGUCAAGAUUAUAGAAAACCAUUUUACAACAUAUGAAGUCACUAUGAUAUAGAAUAACUAGGUUUUAAAACUGGCUGUUAAAUAAGCUUUUUCCAGCCAAACCAAACUACAUGUAAAGUGAACUUUUUCCUGUAUAAAGUUCUCAUCUUAAUGAACCUAUGAGAGUGUUGUGAAGUUACGAACUGUAUCCUAUUCUUGUAAUGCUCAUUUAAGAAAAACCAGAGAGUUGGGCUGGAGAGAAAAGCGGUUUUAUUACUUGAUAAUUUUCCAAAUUAAAAUUUAGCACAUAGAAGGAUUCAGUUAUAACAUGAGAAAACAAAGAAGUGUUCAAAGAGCACAGACUAGAAGUCAGGUUCAGGAAUCAGUCCUGGUUCUACCACUGGCAUAUGACAGACAAGUUACUUAUGAUUGUGCCUCAGUCCCUAAUUUGUAAAAUAAGCACUUACUAGAUUUCUAAUUGUCUGGUUCUUUAUAGUCCCUUCCCUUUUUAUUAAGAUACUUCUAUUAGAACACAUUUUCUGUAAGAUAAUAUAUACUUAAUACUAGAAGUUGGCUAGAAUUUGAUGAUAUUAACUAUUAUUUUCAAUAUUUAUUGAAUUCUGUGGUCUUUGACCUUUUGGCUGUAGUUACUUAUUGCAGUUAUGUUAUCUGUAAUAGAAAGGAAGAUAAACCUUUUUUUUUUUUUUUUUUGAGAUGGAGUCUCACUCUGUAACCCAAGCUGGAGUGCAGUGCAGUGGCCUGAUCUCGGCUCACUGCAGCCUCUGCCUCCGAGGUUCAAGCGAUUCUCCUGCCUCAGCCUCCCAAGUAGCUGGGAUUACAGGUGCACACCACCACAUCCAGCUUAUUUUUGUAUUUUUAGUAGAAACGGGGUUUCACCAUGUUGGCCAGGCUGGCCUCAAACUCCUGACCCCAAGUGAUCCACCUGCCUCGGCCUCCCAAAGUGCUGGGAUUACAGGCGUGAGCCACUGCACCUGGCCAAGAUAGAACUUUUAUAAUUUUAUUCCAGUUGAACUAAACUAAGGAACCACCCAUUAGCCCAGUUCUUAGGAGAGGUACUUCAAACUUGAAAGAAUAUGUAUUUCGGUUAACUUAUAUGUGGCUAACCAUCAAAUACAUAGUCAUCUAAGCUAAACUUUCUGUAUUUAUACAGUUAUAAACCAAAAAUUUUAAUGAGGUUAAUUUUAAAUAUAUUUUAGAAAUCACAGUUUGUAUCUGUUUCUUAGUAGGUGUGGCCUUUAAAAUAUGUGCUUAUUCAUUGUUAAAUUCCAGAAUAAUAGAGUAAUACUUAAUACUGUACAUUCCCACUUAUGUAUAUUUUAUUAAAAUUUGUAAGCAAGAAAUACAUAAGUGGUCAUUAUCUUACGGAGACAAAGAAUUUCUCUUAGGAAAGAGAAGUGAUGGUAAUGUAAAUAAAAAUGCUGUUUAUAUUCACAUGAUUUUAAGAAAACUGUAAAAGCAAAGACUUUGUAGUAAUGACACAAAUGUAACAAAUAGAUGUUUUCUUAAAAUUGGCAGUCAGUAUAAUUAUGUUUCUCCCUAUGAUGUUGAGGAAGUUCUAUCAAUCUGUUCUCAUCUGUUAAGUAGAACAUACUAUUACUUACCUUAAAGCGUGGCUUUGAGAAUUUUGUAAGGAACAAACAUGUUUUUGGUUCUGGAAUAUAGGAGGUGCUCAAUAAAAGUUGACUGAAUGGCAAA